AUGUCAAAGGCAAACCUCAGUCUUACAAGUUGGUUACAGCACAUCAAGCAUCACCAUGACAAGAGACCGUCUGUCACCAUUGUCACUCCCAAUGAACAAAAGUAUGUAGUCAGUGAUCCGGUCAUCAUGGAGGAACACGAGCAUCAGGGCAAGCCCAUUGUGAUAGCCAAUGUAGAGCCCCCAGUGGCUGCUCGUGCCAGUGCCGAUGCCAACAGUGUCAAUGACGAUGACAAGUCUUCCACCAAGAGCAAGCCUGCUUCCAUCUUCUCACUGAAUGGUGCUCGCAAGUUCAAAAACAACUUGAUUCACUUCCACAGACCUCACGGGCUUCUGUUCCAGAACCACGCAAACCAGGCGGAUCAUGAUCAUCAACACCGCGAAAACGAAGAAGACCAGCAGCGCCAGGGCAGCGAGAAUUCGACAGAUUCACAUAGCAGCUGCUGUGCCUGUUGCAACACCAAUGGCACUUCUACUAAUGAUGCGGAUGAUGAGCACGAGGAGCCAGAGAAAGCAGAGAACGACAGUGUCCGUUCAAAGGACUGGACCAAGCACCCGCCUUGUCUAUGCAAUACACACAUUAGUGAGGCAGUGGAGCAGAGCAACGGUGAUGAUGGUGCUAGUACGCAUAGUCUUACAGGUGCCAGUCGAGAAAAUUCAGUCUUUUCACUCCCUGAGGACAUUGACAAGCCUGAGGUGGGAUUCAAGAAGCUCAGAAAAGACGGUGACAUGAUCGAUUGGGAUGAAUUGAGCACGUUCAUGGAGGAGCGUGAUGAAGAUUACGAUGAAACCAAUCAGCCGUUAACAGAAUAUGCAAAAUCAAGGUUGUUUACACGAUCUGUGAUACGUAAUGACUUGGUUCGACUUGCCUUGAAUGGGCCUUUUCAAAGCCCCAUCCCUACCGAUUCAAAGAAGCAUGUAUUGCAUGUUGGUUGUGGAGAUGGUUCCUGGUGCACAGAUACAGCCAAAUUAUUCCCCAACUGGCUCGUAGUGGGUAUGGAUGACACGACAGGUGGUUACUCUCCUGAUCAACGAAAAGUGCCUAAAAACUUCAAAUACAUUCGAUGCUAUUACGACAUUCUCAAGACACUCAAAGACAUCCCCGCAGAUUCAUUCGACUUUAUCUAUGCUCGGUUUUUAUUGGAUGCGUACGGCGAUGAUUGUUAUCAAGAGUUGGUGCAAGAGUGUCAUCGUAUCUGCAAACCAGAGGGUUAUCUCGAACUCUACGAAUUAGAUAUGAGAAUCUAUGGCAAUCCCAAGGCUGGACCUGUGACGCAUAGACUCAAUGCCAAAGUUUUUCAAACCAUGGAAACACACAAUUUAAACCCAAGAUUAGCUCGAAAAAUAGGAGAUAUAACGUCUGAUAUAUUUGAUACUCACAGACAAGAACCGUUAGAUCAAGAUACAGAUCAAAUUAGAAGCAAAAAGAAAAAGCACUACAGUUCAAAUUACACAUCGCUACCAUUGGGUGUAUGGGGUGGACGAUUGGGCGUCAUGUUUAGAGAUAGCAUCAAUGAUUUGUUUACGGAUUUCUGUCUACAUGACGACCAAAAUACAGAGGCCAGUGAUAAUGAAAGUAUCAGUAGCUUUAGUGAUACUAUUUCCUACAAUGAGGAUAUAGAGGCCAUGAAUAGAGAAAUGGAUUCACAAAAGGCAUUCAUGAACAUGCACCAUGUCUAUGCUAGAAAAUGCUCAGCUGCCACUGCUAAAUAA